AUGUCUGCUGCAGCAUUGACCGCGAUGGACGUGACUGGAGUUGCGCCGCCUGGGUUGGCAGAGAAUCUUGAGCAUUUGUUGAAUACCCAGGGUAACUGCGCCCAUUUUCCAAGAUCCAAGGGCUCGCUCCAGUCCAAGAUUCCUAGCCGCCUUGGGUUUUUCCGCCUCAGAGAUGACGGAAUCUCAACUCUUGACACCACUAAGAUUUGCCUCAACUGUUACCAACAAGCGGUUCCCGAUGGCUUCAGCUGCUGGUCGGAGCCGCUCUCGUCACCCGAGACAUAUCAAGAGAUACACAGAGUCGCUGCCGGAUGCGAGAGGCCCGACGACUCGAAAAGAUCUUACCCCAACAUGUUCCCUGCUAAAUCAAUAACAGCAACCCAAGCUCCGCCGCACAGGGUUCCCAUGCCGCCAGGAAAAGACGCCCAAGAUGCGUGGGCCUGGAUACAGAUGCAAAGAAAACCCUUCUAUAUAAAUGCUCUUCACCUUGUUACAAGACCAAACCCGUUGACCAGAAAGAGAAUGGAAGGGGACGCAAAAAUUGCUGCAGAAAAUGGUUCUGUCUAUGUUCCACAGCUGUCAGACAGUGCCGAGCGUCAACGUCAGGGUAGGAAAGUGGAAAAAAUCCAACCUUCUUCGCUUUCUGCACCAGAAGGCUCUGUGGGGUCAUUACCAGUCAAAAGUAGCCGUUCAAAAAACAGCAAGAACAGAGCGGAACGAAGCGUUCAAGCUGUCAGCAUCAACAAUGCCGAAGAGGGCUCAGGGAUUUCGGGCCCAGAAGCUGUGUCAGGAAGACCGAGCCACAUCACCGGCUCUAGUGAGCAGUCUUUCCAGGCAUCGCCACAUGACGUGGACAUUUUGGGGGAGAACCCAGAGCUGCCGACCCAGCAGAGAAAGACUUCUUCAAAAGAGACACGUCUUUCCAAAACAACCAAGCCAUCGAAACAGAAACGUGGGCAUGCCACCGAAACAGGUAGCUUGCCUGAUACUACCUUUAAAGGUUCUGAACAAAGGGCGGAACUACCGGGUCUGGAUCAAAUGUUGCCCUCUCCUGCAACAGCAAGCCGGGUUUCAAAGGGGCCCGCCUUGCGUAAAAGCCGCUCGUCAGCCGAAGUGGAGCCCAAGGUUACCGACGCAGAUGCUCAGGCUCAGGGUUGGAGCGGCCCAGUCCUAACCGGGGAACGAGUCCCCAAUGAGCCAGCCUUCAGACCUACCGAUAGACAAGCUCCGGAGCUGAGUGAUCAAGCUGUACCUAAAGCGAAACACCCGUCAAAAUCAGCUUCUGCGAAAACUGGCAGAAAGGUCUUUAAGGAGGGUACCCCAACCAUACGAAAAGAACCUUGCAGCAGCCCUGGUGAGCCACUGAGUGCUGAAGCAGCGCCCGGGGUUUCGCGGCCAUCUCUGAAAGAAUCGAAGAAAGCAGCACUGCCGAACCACGAAGGAGAUGCAGCACGUAAAGUGCCGCCAACAACUCUUGCGGCUCAUCCGCGAGCUGUACAGUGUGAACACGACAAAGGAUCCCACAAACGCCAGUCAGCUUCGGACAGCCCAUAUCCCGUGGGGCUGAGGCCGCAGCUGCAGUCUGAAGGACAAGACCGCACACCCAAGGACGACCAACCAGUCGGAAAGCGGUUGUUGACGGAUGAAGAAAUUUUUCAUGCAGUUUUUGUGAAGGACCGUCUCAGAUACAAGCACAUGAAAGGGCAAGAGGUCCGCCGCAGAGCUCUCCCGCCAGCAAGAUCCCCAAGAUCGACCGAAACCGGGCGGAAAGAGGUCGUUCCACCCGCCACUUCGAUUAAUAGCCCCAAAUCGUCAUUGCUGUGCUCUAGGCCGGAACAGACCGCCGACAAGCCUAACAGCACAUCUCUGCCAAUGUCCCACUUGGGCCUCCCAUCAGAUAAAGUCUCUCAAUAUGCGAAAGAGGCAGAUGUGUCGUUGCAGCCGCCAUCUCUAGAUAGCGUUUUCAGAAAGAGUAGUCGAGGUAUUAGUUCACCUCAGCCACUCUCGAACAGCGCCCUGUUUAAAGGCAAUGACUCCCCAUUUUUACGUGCUGGAAGGAAGUCGGCCCGUGGAUCCAAGCUCGCCCAUGAUCAUGGCGCCUCAAAAAAUCCUAGCCUCAUACCUGUUCAAAGAACAGCUCGUGUCAAUAAAACGGACAAGCCAGAGAAGUCACACAAGAAACCAAAGUCAGACAAGCCAGUGAAGCCGGAGAAGGCACACAACUCAGACAAGCCGCAAAAGCCAGAGAAGCCACACAAGCCAGAGAAGUCACACAAGCCAGAGAAGCCACACAAGCCAGAGAAGCCACACAACUCAGAAAAGGCCCACAAGCCAGAGAAGUCAGACAAGUCAGACAAGCCAGACAGCUCAGAAAAGCCCCACAAGCCAGAGAAGCCAUACAAGUCAGACAAGCCCGAGAAGCCCGAGAAGCCACACAAGCCAGAGAAGUCCCACAAGCCAGAAAAGGCCCACAAGCCAGAAAAGGCCCACAAGCCAGAAAAGCCCCACAAGCCAGAGAAGCCCCACAAACCACAUAAUCCACAUAAUCCACAUAAUCCACACAAAUCACACAAAUCACAGAUGAAAAAGCACGCCACAAAACACAUGAUUAACCACACGUCCAAAUACACGACCUACCACACGACCAACCAUACAACCAACCAGGACGAAUCAGGUUCAGAAGACGAAUCAAGCUCAGAAGAGGAACCAGGCCCAGGAGAAGAAUCGGGCUCAAAAGAGGAACCAGACUCGGAAGAAGAACCAGGCUUAGAAGAGGAAUCAGACCAAGGAGAAGAACCAAGCUCAGAAGAGUAUCCAGGACCAGAAGAGGAAUCAGACUCAGGAGAAGAACCAGGCUUAGAAGAGGAACCAGAUCUAAGUGAAGAAUUAGGCUUAGAGGAGAUAUCCGGCUCAGAAGAGGAAUCAGGCUUAGAAGAGAGAACUAGCUCAGAAGAGGAACUAGAUCUAGGAGAUGAAUCAGGCCUAGCAGACGAAUCAGGUUCAGAAGAUGAAUCAGAUAAAUCAGACGAAUUCAAUGAAGGUUUUAAAGAUCUUGAUGUGUCGGAGGAUGAAUCAGAGAAGGAACUCACAGACGCUGGGUCAGACCUUGAACCAGAAAACUCAGAAUCAGGAGAUUCUGAACCAAAAGACUUGAACUCCGAGUCAGAAAACUCUAAUUCUGAACCAGAAAACUCUGAAUCAGAUAACUCUGGAUCAAAGACCUCAGAACUAGACAGCUCUGAAUCAGAAGACUCUGGAUCAAAAGACCCGGAUUCUGAACCAGAAGACUCGGAACCAGAAGACACUGAACCAGAAGACUCGGAACCAGAAGACACUGAACCAGAAGACUCGGAACCAGAGGACUCGGCAUCAGAGGACUCGGAACCAGAAGACUCGGAACCAGAAGACUCGGAACCAGAAAGCGCUGAACCGGAAGCCUCUCAAUCGGAAGACUCUGAGCCAGAAAUCUCAGAACCAGAAGAAGACUCUGAUCAGGAUAACUCUGAUAGCAGUGUUAGUAUGUAA